AUGCCCGCUUCCACCGUCACCAAGCUCAACACCGGCGCUGAGAUGCCGACUCUCGGUCUCGGUACCUGGAAGUCCGAGCCCGGACAGGUCGAGAAGGCCGUCGAGGUCGCUCUCAAGAACGGCUACAAGCACGUCGACACGGCCACUGCUUACGGCAACGAGGCCGAGGUCGGCCGCGGUAUCAAGGACUCUGGCGUUCCUCGCGAGUCGUUCUUCCUGACCACCAAGCUCAACAACAACGACCACGCCAAGGUUGAGGAGGCUCUCGAGUACUCGCUCAAGCAGCUCGACACGCCCUACAUCGAUCUCUGGCUCAUGCACUGGCCCGCGCCCAUGAACCAGGAGCUCAGCGGCCCCGACCGCUCGAUCAACUGGAUCGACACCUGGAAGAAGAUGGAGGAGGUUUACAAGAAGUACCCGGAGAAGGUCAAGGCGAUCGGUGUCUCCAACGUUUCCGUUCCCUUCCUCGAGGAGCUUCUUAAGGUUGCAACCGUCGUACCUGCAGUGAACCAGAUCGAGCGUCACCCAUCCUGCCUCCAAAAUGACGUCCUUGCCGCCUGCGCCGAGAAGGGUAUCGUUAUCACCGCGUACUCUCCGCUCGGUUCGGACAACUCGCCUCUGCUCAAGAACGACGUUGUACUUUCCCUUGCUGAGAAGUACAAGGUCUCGCCCGCCAACAUCCUUGUCUCCUUCCACGCCAACACGCCCAACGUCAACGUUCUCUCCAAGUCCGUCACGCCACAGCGCAUCAUCGACAACAAGAAGAUCAUCGACCUGACUGACGAAGAUCUCGCUGCCCUCUCCGCGAUCGACAAGACCGCGCACUUCCGCGUCUGCUCGCCAACCUGGACUGGCUGGGGCUCCCUCGGCUUCGCCGAUGUCAAGGAGUAG